AAAAAAAUAGAAUUGAAAAAAGAAAUUUGCAAUAAAUUUUAAGACAAAAUACAACACAGGGAUUUUACAACAAUAUUAUAAAAAGUAGAUAACUUGCUCAAGAAAAUUUCCAGUUAUUUUCAAUUAAAAAAAAACACUCACAAGCAGCACAUAAAGGCAAAAAGUCUGUAUUAUCGAUUAAAAUUUAAACAUCAAAAAAAAAUUAUUAUCGCAAUUAAGUGAACACGAAAAACCUUGCAUCAAUCAUCCGAAAAGUUGAUUUGUGAGUCAUAGAAAAAAAAAGCAGCAAAUAAUUUGCAAACAUGGCAGAAGACGACGAUAAUCAAGUCUAUCAUCAAAAAGAGACAAAAAUUAUUUAUCACAUUGAUGAGGAGACGACACCAUACUUGGUUAAGAUACCUAUGCCACCAUCGCAAGUGAAACUGAGGGACUUUAAGAUUGUUUUGAGUAAACAACAGACGUGCAAUUAUAAAUUUUUCUUUAAAUCUAUGGAUGCUGAUUUUGGUGUUGUAAAAGAAGAGAUAAUUGAUGAUAAUACAGUUCUUCCAUGUUUCAAUAAUAAAGUUGUCUGCUGGCUGGUAACAUCAACUGAUGCGACAUCCAAUGCUUCUGAGAAUCAUCCAGAUAAGACAGAUGGCGAGCACCAUAAAACACGACAUGGACCGGAUGGAAAACUUACGUACCAAGCUGUUACAAACUUCCUUUCAUCAUCAUCGGAUUUAGCAUCGUCAACAAGUUUCUUUGAUGAUGAUGAGACUGAAAAUGAUAUGGAUAAGUUGAAGCAUGAGAAUUAUUAUGAUUAUGAUGAGAAUCUUACAGAAUAUUCGUCGAUAUUGUCAAGUCAACAGAACAAUCGAUUGAGGAUUAGAAAGAAACCACAGAAGAGGAAAAAGCGGCCCAAUAACCAAAUGUCACGCACUUCUUCAUAUAGUUCAAUUACAGACUCUACUAUGUCAUUAAAUAUAAUAACAGUGACACUAAAUAUGGACACGGUGAACUUUUUAGGAAUUUCAAUUGUAGGUCAAUCAAACCGAGGUGGCGAUGGUGGAAUAUAUGUUGGUAGUAUUAUGAAAGGUGGUGCAGUACAAUUAGAUGGACGAAUUGAGCCUGGCGAUAUGAUUUUGCAAGUAAAUGAUAUUAAUUUUGAGAAUAUGACCAAUGAUGAAGCAGUAAAAGUACUGCGCGAGGUAGUUCAAAAACCUGGACCAGUUAAGCUGGUUGUUGCCAAAUGUUGGGACCCAAAUCCAAAAGGUUACUUUACGAUUCCCCGGUCGGAACCAGUACGUCCAAUAGAUCCCUCUGCAUGGUUAGCUCACACAAAUGCACUACGAUCAACGGAGAAUUUAGAGACAGAAUCAGAAGUAUUAAUGGCAGUCCAUCCAAGAUUAAAUGUUAAUAUGCCAUAUAAAGUUAUUAUACAAGCAAUGAAGAAGCCAGAAAGUGGCUUAGAAAUUCGUGAUAGAUUAUGGUUAAAGAUCACCAUACCAAAUGCAUUUAUAGGAAGUGACCUCGUAAACUGGAUUUUACAAAAUGUGGACGGAAUCAGUGAUAGGAGAGAAGCACGAAAAUUCAUUGGCAAUAUGUUACGAAAAAAUUACAUCAAACACACCGUGAAUAAACUGACAUUUAGCGAGAACUCAUACUAUCAAUUUGGAGAAGGUGAUGCAGGUGGACAUUUACUGAACGAGGAUGAGGACUCAGCGUCAACAUUGAUUGGACAUAGUCCAUACAUGGAUGAUACUGAAAGUAUGAUUAGUGAAAAUAUUUCCCAUAUGCCAUCAUCACAUGUCAAUACUAUUCCCCAUCAAAUAGGGCAACCUCCAAGCCUCCCAGCACCCGAAUGCUUUAUGCCAACACAAGCUCAUUACUUUACCGUUGGCAGUAGUGUAAGUGCAAAUGAUCCAAACUAUUAUGUCAUUGAGAAACCAAUGUCAAUGAUGAGUGGUGGGACAUUGCCUCAUUUACAAAAAGCAUCAUCGAAAUCAAGCACCACAUCGAAGAGCUGUUCAUCGACUGAAAGCCAAAAAUAUAUGAUUAAAAAUUUAAUACAGCAAACAAAUCACAUGUCUCUAAAAAAUGGCGAUAAAAAUUCCAAAUCAUCUUCUAAUUCAUCAUCAAAAGGCCAUCAACUUGAUUAAGGUAAUGCUUGAUGAUGAUUAAUUAAAAACUGAUAAGAAUUUCAUUUUAUUUGCUUCAUUCUCAC